GGCUACAUUUUGACUUAUUUGAGGUGAGAAACUCUACUGACUUGAGGAAAUAACAAAGGUGAACAAGGGUGUUGUUCGUUUUGAUCUUGCCACAUUGUGUCUUUGGUAACAAUCAAGAUUAAGCAAGGUUGCACUGUAUAAGAACUAACUGUACCUAAUAAUUAAUACAGAAGAUUGUGAAUCAUAAUUAAGAUUAGUAGAACAUUGUGAUAAAAAUGAACAUCCAAGGGAUGAAUAAUAAUAAUAAAAAUAGCAUUUCCCAUUGCAGAAGUUGACAGUCUGCUGACGUUCCCCAACUGAGUAGGCCCCUCCCACUGAGCUUUGUGUGCUUGAGAGACAAUUACACUGUGCUUCACUUCCGUAUGUCCUGUUUGGAAUCUUUCUGCUCUGUUCUCAGAUCACUUUUCAAGACAUGGCAGAAGGGGGCUUUGACCCUUGUGAAUGCAUCUGCAGUCAUGAGACUGCAAUGAGGCGCCUCCUCAACCUGCUCAGGAAUUCUCAGUCCUACUGCACAGACACAGAGUGUCCGCUGGAAAUACCUGGGCCAAGUGGUGAUGGUUCACUGGGUGGGGUAGGAGAGCUCACUCUUCCCAUGAUUGCGAUGGGAUGGAUGGUGCUAGCUCUAAUGCUGUUCCUGCUGCGCCCUUCAAGUCUCAGGGGUCGCUCCUCCACAGAGAAACCCAGCGGACCAUACAAUAGAGAUGGAAGAGAGCCACCAGCGCCUCCUGUUGACUAGCAAAGGAAGGGCAGUGCUCAACCACCUGCUGUGACUGGAGCUGCACAUUGUCAAGCUACAGCAGGGAUAAUACCAGCUCCACGUCAACUUUCAUUUUAUGAUCUUGUUUUCUUUUUUCUUUUAUUCUAUUUACUUUGUAAAGUAGAGUAGAUCUUUUGAUUUCCCUCCCUAGAAACCAACUGAUGUGUAUGGAUUUUAGGUUAGUUUGUAAAAAAAAUGUUUACAAAAAACAAUUUGUAUAGUCGUAUGUGUUUAAUAUUAUAUACACAUAGUUAUGCUGCUAACCUACUGUAUAGACCUAAGACCUAAAAAAGGAUGCAUCAGUUUUAACACAAUUCAACUCUUUGGUAGGGAGGGUGUCACAUCUUGAAACAGUGCCAGUUAGAAUUAUCAGCAAAAUGAUAAAGUAGCCAGCCACACUAUUUGUAAUUGCUAUUUGUUUGUAAUUAAAUGUACUCUUACAUUUUGUGCUAAUGUAAUUCACAUUUAAAUUCAUUCCAUACAUUUAUGGCCUGUAAAAUAAAGACUACUCAAGAAA